AUGGCUCCAUAUUCAAAUAGUACAACCCCAUCCAGGCAAUAUUCUUUCAGGACUUCUCUAGUUGGACCUUUUUUUGGUGGGAUGAGGGUGAAGGACGAGAUUUAUUGGGUUUGGAUUGGCUUUCAUCAAUGGCUUUCUUUUUGGGUACUUUUUAUUUUUCUUCAUCUUCCUCUCUCAGGAUUACUUUUAUUCUCUCUCCUUCCCUCCUUCUACCUGUCCUUUUUUCUCUAUCCUGUUAGAUUGCCUUCUUUUUUUGUUUUACUACCGAAGAAAAAAGUUUUUCCUUCUCUUUUUCUUUCCUGUCAUUUUUUUUUAAAAAUAUUUUCCUACCUUCUCUUUCAGUCUCAUUUUCUUCUCCCUGCCACUCUUUCUUAUUCUAUUCACUCUCUUCCCUUUCUGCCUCCUUUCCUCCUCCUCCUCCUGUACCCAUUUGUGCAUUUCUUUUCUUCUCUUGAUAUCCUUAUAUUACUUUCCUUUCUUUUUUUAUUCACUCUUCUAUUCUCUUGGGUUUUCUCAUUUUCUUUUCCUCUUCCCUUUCUCUUCUCUUAUCCUAUCCUUUCCCUCUCCACCUCUUUUCUUCUCUCUACCCCCUUUUUUGUCUCUCCUCUGUCCUCUCCACCCCUUUUUUGCUUCUUUGCCUUCUCCACCUCUUUCUCUCUCAACCUCUUUUUUCCCUCUUUCCUCUACCCUUCUUAA